AUGAAAGAGUUCAGUGCAACACAGUAUUUCGACUACCCCUGGGCGUACGUGAGUGCCGCCAAUUGGCGCAAGUACCCGAACGAGGUGUCCACGCAUGUGGUUGCCGUGGACGUUUUGAGAAGAGAGUUUGACGCUGAGAAACAGACGUUAAAGUCGGAGCGGUUAAUCACAUGCCGGCAGCCGAUCCCGAAAUGGUUGAAGGCGUUUGUGGGGGGCGCAGAGACGUCGUACGUGAGAGAGGUCUCCGUCGUGGACAGGCUAGGCCAGACAUUGACGCUCCGCUCGGUCAACCUCACCAUGGCCCGCAUCUUGAAGGUGUACGAGACGGUGACGUACUCACCGGACCCACGGGACCCGCAGCACAGCACGAGAUUCGACCAGGUGGCCCGGUUCAAGUCCAGCGCCGGCUGGAAGCGGGUCGAGUCCCAGGUCGAGUCCUGGGCCGUGGAGCGCUUCUCGCAGAACGCGUCCAAGGGAAAGCUGGGCUUCGACUCCAUCUUGAAGCUC